AUGUGAUGUGUGCACGAAAUGUUUUACAACCAAUAACAACUUGAAACAACACAUGUCUGUUCAUACUGGUGAGGAAGUUUUCAAAUGUGAUGUGUGCACGAAAUGUUUUACAACCAAUAACAACUUGAAACAACACAUGUCUGUUCAUACUGGUGAGGAAGUUUUCAAAUGUGAUGUGUGCACGAAAUGUUUUACAACCAAUAACAACUUGAAACAACACAUGUCUGUUCAUACUGGUGAGAGACCUUUCAAAUGUGAUAUGUGCACAAAGUGUUUUACACAAAGUUCCAGUUUGAAAACUCACAAAAUGCUUCAUACUGGUCAGAAACCGUUUAAAUGUGAUGUGUGCACAAAGUGUUUUGCAGGCAAAACAACCUUAAAACAACACUUGUUGAUUCAUACUGGUGAGAAACCUUUCAAAUGUGAUAUGUGCAUAAAACGUUUUACACAAAGUUCCAUUUUGAAAAGUCACAAAAUGCUUCAUACUGGUGAGAAACCUUUUAAGUGUGAUAUGUGCACAAAAUAUUUUAAACAGAGUUCCAGUUUAAAAAUUCAUAAAAUGCUACAUUAUGGUGAGAAACCUUUCAAAUGUGAUAUAUGCACAAAAUGUUUUGUAACAACUUCAUAUUUAAAACGUCAUAUAUUAAUACAUACUGGUAAGAAACCUUUUAAAUGUGAUGUGUGCACAAAAUGUUUUACACAGAGUUCUCAUUUGAAGAAACAUAAAAUCCUUCAUAAUGGUAAAACGCCAUUCAAAUGUGAUUUGUGCACAAAAUGUUUUACACAGAGUGCCCAUUUAAAAGACCAUAAAAUUUUCCAUUGUAGUGCGAAACCUUUCAUAUGUGAUAUGUGCACAAAAUGUUUUACACAAAAUUCCACCUUGAGACUACAUAAAAUGCUUCAUUGUGGUGUGAAACCUUUAAAAUGUGAGGUGUGCAAAAAAUGUUUUGCACAGAAUUCCGACUUAAAACAACAUAUGGUCAUUCAUUCUGCUGAGAAACCUUUUACAUGUGAUGUGUAGAUAACAUUUUCCUCAAUGUUAUUUGAAGACAACACACUUCAAAUGCAGGAGAGAAACAUUUCAAAUGUGGAGUUUUCAAAACACAUUUCAAAUUGUGGAACGUAAAGAAUCAUAUGUGGGAAUGUUUUGUUGUUUAAAAAUUAAACGAUA